CAUAAGAGGCUACGUUAGGUUGGUCCGAUGGACAUUCAAAUAUAAUUCGAUAUAUAAUUUUCUAGGACUAUAAUUUCCUCCUAGAUUACGCAUAACCUAUCCAUAAAGGCGAAUUAUUACACAAUUUUCUAUUGGUGAGAUUCUAAAGGUAGAAGCUCUGAAGUAAAUUGGCUACGAUCAGCCAAAGAGAAUCUGAAUAAAAUGUGCAAUGAGGUCAUGAACUGAUGAUGGCGGUGAUAGUAACAGCAUUGACAAAUUGACAGAUCCAAUGUUUUCUUAAUUUACAGAAACAAAGUCAGAUUUUGAAUUAUGUAGAUAAGCGCAAAUGAAAUAUCAGAUAUUUUGUAGAAUUAUAAUUAAAUACAAAUAAUUGAUCAUAGUCAAACAAGUUGGAUCCUCUUCACGUCCUUCAAAAACCCUAUAAAUAACCACAACUUCUCUUCAUUUCUCUUCAUCUUUCUCUCUCAAACACAAUCAAUAAUCCUUAAAACACUGAAGAAAAAUAACAAUGGCUUCAAAGAACUCAGCCUCUCUUGCUCUUUUCUUUGCCCUCAACAUCCUUUUUUUCACCUUAACCGUUGCUACUGAUUGUAAAUGCAACCCAAGUCCUAAGCACAGUCCUAGGGUCCCAACUCCUAGGGUCCCAAUUCCUUCCGUACCAACUCCUUCGGUCCCAACUCCGAGCACCCCAGGCUCAUCUAGAAACUGUCCUAUCGAUGCUCUCAGACUCGGUGUAUGUGCGAAUGUCCUAAGCGGUCUACUUAACGUGCAGUUGGGACAGCCAUCAGCUCAGCCAUGCUGCUCGCUCAUCCAAGGUUUGGUUGACCUCGAUGCUGCGAUUUGCCUCUGCACUGCUCUUAGGGCUAACGUUCUCGGUAUCAACCUUAACGUUCCUAUAUCUCUUAGCGUUCUUCUCAACGUUUGUAACAGAAGGCUUCCGUCUGGCUUCCAAUGUGCUUGAACGAUACGAUAUCAGCAGUUAUCCUUACUACUCAUGCGCACAGUGUUCUCUUUAAAAUCAUUACCGUUUGAAUAAAUGCAUGUAAACUAGAUUUUCAUGUUUAAAUCUGAAUUUGUUUAAGUGAUAUAAUAAACAUGUGAGAGUUUAUAGUUUUUUUUUUUUUAAACAUUUCCCGUCUUCCCCAUUUGUAUACUUUUGUAGCAAUCUAUUUCGCUAUUUUCAACCUCUUUAAUGAAAUAAGUUUUGUAA